AUAAAAUAAAAUAAAAAAAAAAUGUCUUUUUCAAAUCCAAAACUAUCCAAAGAUUGUCUUUGGCAAAUAUUUGAAAUAAUUACAAAUACACAUAAAAGUAAAGAAAUUCACACAACAUUAUUUUCAUGUUUAUUAGUAAAUCGACAAUGGUGUGAACUUGCCGCUCCAUUUUUAUGGAAAAAUCCAUUCAUUAACCCAAAUUUACAUAAUAAAAAUAAAAAAUUACUUUGUAAAAUAAUUCUUUCCUGUUCUUUAUUAAAAGAUACUACUGUAAUUAAAAAACAUAUUAAAAAAAUU